AUGGACGAAGUUAUGGACGAACUAAUGGACGAAGUAAUGGACGAAGUAAUGGAAGAAGUAAUGGACGAAGUAAUGGACGAAGUAAUGGACGAAGCAAUGGACGAAGUAAUGGACGAAGUAAUGGACGAAGUAAUGGACGAAGUAAUGGACGAAGUAAUGGACGAAGUAAUGGACGAAGUAAUGGACGAAGUAAUGGACGAAGUAAUGGACGAAGUAAUGGACGAAGUAAUGGACGAAAUAAUGGACGAAGUAAUGGACGAAGUAAUGGACGAAGUAAUGGACGAAGUAAUGGACGAAGUAAUGGACGAAGUAAUGGACGAAGUAAUGGACGAAGUAAUGGACGAAGUAAUGGACGAAGUAAUGGACGAAGUAAUGGACGAAGUAAUGGACGAAGUAAUGGACCAAGUAAUGGACGAAGUAAUGGACGAAGUAAUGGACGAAGUAAUGGACGAAGUAAUGGACGAAGUAAUGGACGAAGUAAUGGACGAAGUAAUGGACGAAGUAAUGGACGAAGUAAUGGACGAAGUAAUGGACGAAGUAAUGGACGAAGUAAUGGACGAAGUAAUGGACGAAGUAAUGGACGAAGUAAUGGACGAAGUAAUGGACGAAGUAAUGGACGAAGUAAUGGACGAAGUAAUGGACGAAGUAAUGGACGAAGUAAUGGACGAUGUAAUGGACGAAGUAAUGGACGAAGUAAUGGACGAAGUAAUGGACGAAGUAAUGGACGAAGUAAUGGACGAAGUAAUGGACGAAGUAAUGGACGAAGUCAUGGACGAAGUAAUGGACGAAGUAAUGGACGAAGUAAUGGACGAAGUAAUGGACGAAGUAAUGGACGAAGUAAUGGACGAAGUAAUGGACGAAGUAAUGGACGAAGUAAUGGACGAAGUAAUGGACGAAGUAAUGGACGAAGUAAUGGACGAAGUAAUGGACGAAGUAAUGGACGAAGUAAUGGACGAAGUAAUGGACGAAGUAAUGGACGAAGUAAUGGACGAAGUAAUGGACGAAGUAAUGGACGAAGUAAUGGACGAAGUAAUGGACGAAGUAAUGGACGAAGUAAUGGACGAAGUAAUGGACGAAGUAAUGGACGAAGUAAUGGACGAAGUAAUGGACGAAGUAAUGGACGAAGUAAUGGACGAAGUAAUGGACGAAGUAAUGGACGAAGUAAUGGACGAAGUAAUGGACGAAGUAAUGGACGAAGUAAUGGACGAAGUAAUGGACGAAGUAAUGGACGAAGUAAUGGACGAAGUAAUGGACGAAGUAAUGGACGAAGUAAUGGACGAAGUAAUGGACGAAGUAAUGGACGAAGUAAUGGACGAAGUAAUGGACGAAGUAAUGGACGAAGUAAUGGACGAAGUAAUGGACGAAGUAAUGGACGAAGUAAUGGACGAAGUAAUGGACGAAGUAAUGGACGAAGUAAUGGACGAAGUAAUGGACGAAGUAAUGGACGAAGUAAUGGACGAAGAAGUAAUGGACGAAAUAAUGGACGAAGUAAUGGACGAAGUAAUGGACGAAGUAAUGGACGAAGUAGUGGACGAAGUAAUGGACUUAGUCGUGGACGAAGUAAAGGACAAAGUAAUUGACAAGGUAAUGGAUAAAGUAUUGGACAAAGUUUUGGAGACGGGUAAAACAUGGUUAAGUCAGCUCAUCUCUGCUCUGCUCAAUGAGGACGAAACGACUACAAUGCCGAUGCUGACGCUGAUAUUGCCGGCCAGAACAAUGGCAAAGUGA